AUGGCCGCGUCCACCCUGUCCGUCUGCUCCAGCGACCUGAGCUAUGACAGCUGCGCCUGCCUGCCUGGCUCCAGUGACUCUUGCACCGACUCCUCCUGGCAGGUGGACGACUGUCCAGAGAGCUGCUGUGAGCCCUCCUGCUGCGCCCCCACCUGCUGUGUCCCCAGCUGCUGCCAGCCCACCUGUUGCACCUCCUGCCCCUGCCAGCAGGCCUGCUGUGUGUCUGUCUGCUGCAAGCCUGCCUGUUGUACACCGGUCUGCUGCAAGCCCGUCUGUUGCACACCUGUCUGCUGCAAGCCCGCCUGUUGCACACCUGUCUGCUGCAAGCCCGUCUGUUGCACACCUGUCUGCUGCAAGCCCGUCUGUUGCACACCUGUCUGCUGCAAGCCCGUCUGUUGCACACCUGUCUGCUGCAAGCCCGUCUGUUGCACACCUGUCUGCUGCAAACCUGUCUGUUGUACACCUGUGUGCUGCAAGCCUGUCUGUUGCGGGGCCGCCCCCUGUUCAGCCUCCUCCUGCUGCCAGCCCACCCCCUGCACCUCCUCCUGCUGCAGACCCUCCUCCUGCGUGUCCCUCAUCUGCCGCCCCAUGUGCAGGCCUGCCUGCUGCGUGCCCGCCUCCUCCUGCUGUGGCCCUGCCUCCUCCUGCCAGCCCAGCUGUUGA